AUGUUGAAUUUGUCUGAAGAUGUUCAUGCAAUUAUUAAUGGAAAAUUAGCUUUAAGAUAUGCUGGUCGUGAAGUUGAUUCAAUGAAGGCAAUAGCAACAGCUCAUCAAAAUCGUUCACUUAUUGAGUUUGAGACUGCAUUGACAACUUACAGAGAUGAAUUGGGCAAUGAUCCAAUAAUUAGAUCGCAUCUUGCAGCACUUUAUGACACUUUACUUGAACAAAAUUUAGUUCGUAUAAUAGAACCAUUUUCAAGAGUUGAGAUUUCACAUGUAGCCAAGAUGGUUAAAUUACCAACUGAUCAAGUAGAAAUUAAAUUAUCACAAAUGAUAUUGGAUAAAGUUUUUCAUGGUAUUUUAGAUCAAGGUGCAGGAUGUUUGAUUGUUUUUGACGAACCACCUCAAGAUAAAACUUAUGAAGCAGCAUUAGAAACAUUAAAACAAAUGGGAAAUGUUGCAGCAAAAUUAUCUUAG